AUGUUUACAAGCAUUCGUAAUAUGGACAAACAUUUCCGUGUGGUACGUGGAUUAAUUUGUUUUAAACCACCCGGGGUUGAAAAACAUUCCGUUGAAUACGAACUGGACUACCAGCCCUUGCCCUGGGACCGUAUCAUGAGCUCCUACCCUAAAUCCGGUAACUUUUGGACUAUUAAUAUUGUCCUGUCAAUCAUGGGAGACAUUCAUGUCGGCCAAUAUAUACCGAAGGAUAGGUAUAGUAAAUUAUUUCUUGGAUUCCGUCUCCCCAAUGAACUGGUGGACGACAUACCGGUGGACAGGGAUGGAGAGAACUGUCGGUUCCACGCGACACACCUUAGCAUGACAUACCUGGCCUAUAAUCCCGGUGCCAAGUAUUUGUUGCUCAUGCGUAAUCCGAAAGACCUCUGGAUCACCGGAAAGGACUUACCGAACGGCGACUACUUUACGGCGAUUAAGUCUAGUUGGGAGCACCGGGAGGACAGCAACUGUACUCUCAUUACCUAUGAGGAGAUGUCAGCAAAUCCGAGGGACAGUAUUGUGAAGAUCGCCUCAUUCUUGGGCAUCAAAUAUGUGCGCAGACUGUAUGGCCGGUGCGAUGAUAGCGGGCACGGCACCGGUAGUAACAGUGAUGACAUCCUAUUGGAUCGCAUUAUACGAGAGACCAGAUUUAAGGCCAUGAAAAGUAAUCACGAGCUUAAGAUGCACUUCCGGAAAGGUAUUGUCGGCGACUGGAGGGCUGUUAUGACGAGAGAUGAGAGCGAUUUGAUUGAUAAGAGGGUUAGGGAUGAGUGGAUGGGAACGGGUUUAGAGACACUGUGGGAACGGGAGAUGAAGUGGUGA